GGGGCGGAAGGGUUCGGUCGGCUUCCUCUCCUCCUCUUCCGCGGUUGCCGAGACCCACCCGCCGCCAUGGCCAAGUACAACGUGGUGCAGAAGAGCAAGCGCGAGUCCAGCCAUGACCGCAAGCGCCGCGCCCAUGGGGAUCCCAACUCCGGCAAGCUUAAGCACCACAACGCGCCCAUCGCCAUUUCUGGCAAGCGCAAGCGCAAGCUCCUGCGCCGCCUCAACCGGGAUCAGAAGGAGGCUGUGAUGGUUAAGGCGCUGGAGAAUAACAUGGGCGACGUCGAUAUGGUCUCUGCUGAAGCAUCUUCGGAAACUGCAAAGGACAAGUCUCAGAUGAAGUUUAAUGUGAAGAAAAACUCAAGAAUACAGAUCAAAAGAUUGAAAGGCAAAGGUAGAAAGAAAGCCAAAAAAUGUGAAGCCGCCAACGAAGGAAAAGGCUGAUGCCAUGGUAGAGUGACUGUUAAGAGUGAAGCAGUAUCGUAAUAUGAACGUUUAUGGGGCACAAGCAAGGGCUAUCAGUACUAGAGCUUGUGCAUUAACUUGGUGUACGGAAUUCAGACAUCUUUUUUAAGUAGUUGAAUACACGGUUUUCUUCCUGAUACCAUUUUGUCAAGAUCUUGGUUUGGUUUGGUUUGAAUUGGGCUCAGCUAAAUUGCCCACCUAGCUGUGUCUGCUGUGGUUUGUCGAAUCCAACUGAAUUGGAGAUCAAUGUUGCAUACUCUA